UGGUGCUCUCGGCCCCCAGGAGAAUGGCCAAGGCAGGAAGAUGGAUGGGCAGCAUGAGAGUCACAGCAGCGACCAUCUGGCCUACGGCAUCCUGGAUAACCCACCCUGGUAUCUCUGCAUCUUCUUGGGCAUCCAGCACUUCCUCACUGCCCUGGGUGGGCUGGUGGCUGUGCCGCUCAUCCUGGCCAAGGACCUGUGUCUGCAGCACGACCCCCUGACCCAGAGCUACCUGAUUGGCACCAUCUUCUUCGUCUCUGGCAUCUGCACUCUCCUGCAAGUGUUUUUGGGAAUCAGGCUGCCUAUUCUGCAGGGAGGGACAUUUGCUUUUGUGGCUCCCUCUCUGGCCAUGCUCAACCUUCCCUCCUGGAAGUGCCCCGAGUGGACAUUCAAUGCCAGCCAGGUGAACACCAGUGCUCCUGAAUUCAUUGAGGAAUGGCAGAGGAGAAUACGAGAGUUGCAGGGCGCCGUUAUGGUGGCUUCCUGUGUCCAGAUGCUAGUGGGUUUCUCAGGCCUCAUUGGCUUCCUCCUGCGUUUCAUUGGCCCCUUGACCAUCGCUCCAACCAUCUCCCUGGUGGCCCUGCCGCUCUUCGAUUCUGCGGGCAAUGACGCUGGGAUCCACUGGGGGAUUGCUGCUCUGACCAUCUUCCUCAUUGUGCUGUUUUCUCAAUACCUGAAAAACAUCGCGCUGCCCGUGCCCGUUUAUGGACGAGAGAAGAAGUGUCACACCUCCAGGUUCUACCUGUUUCAGGUCUUCCCUGUGCUGCUGGCGCUCUGCAUCUCCUGGCUCCUCUGCUUCGUGCUCACGGUCACCGACACCCUGCCCUCGGCCCCCACGGAAUACGGGCACCUGGCACGCACCGACGCCAAAGGUGACGUCCUCAGCCAGGCCCCUUGGUUCCGCUUCCCUUACCCAGGACAGUGGGGCCUCCCCACCAUCAGCCUGGCGGGGGUCUUCGGGAUCAUCGCCGGGGUGGUUUCCUCCAUGGUGGAGUCCGUUGGCGAUUAUUAUGCCUGUGCCCGGCUGGUGGGGGCCCCACCCCCUCCAAAGCACGCCAUCAGCCGUGGCAUUGGCAUCGAGGGCCUGGGCUGCCUGCUGGCCGGGGCCUGGGGGACCGGCAAUGGCACCACCUCCUACAGCGAGAAUGUCGGAGCGCUGGGCAUCACCAGGGUGGGGAGCCGGAUGGUGAUCGUGGCCGCAGGCUGUGUGCUGCUCCUCAUGGGGAUGUUUGGGAAGAUCGGAGCUGCGUUUGCCACCAUCCCAACCCCCGUGAUCGGAGGCAUGUUCCUGGUGAUGUUCGGGGUCAUCACUGCCGUGGGGAUUUCCAAUCUGCAGUACGUAGACAUGAACUCAUCCCGGAAUCUCUUUGUGUUUGGCUUUUCCAUCUACUGUGGCCUCGCCAUUCCCAACUGGGUCAACAAGAACCAGGAGAAGCUCCAGACAGGGAUUCUCCAGCUGGAUCAGGUCAUCCAGGUGCUGCUGACCACCGGCAUGUUCGUGGGUGGAUUUCUGGGCUUCCUGCUGGACAAUACCAUUCCUGGAAGCCGGAAGGAGAGAGGCCUCCUGACAUGGAAUCAAAUCCAGGAGGAGCCUGAGAUGACCACGGUCUCGGAGGUCUAUGGCCUCCCCUGUGGGAUUGGCACGAAGUUCUGCACCUCCUCAUGCACCCGGUGGCUCCCUUUCUGGCCCAGGCUGGAAAAUCGUAGGAAGGACGAGGUGGAAGUGAGCCAGCUGGACUUCUGCUCCCAGGAGUCCUCGGGAGAGCACUGGAAGGGGGCGGCAGACACCACGAUGUGAGAACUCUCCUCCGGCAUGUCCCAAAGCCUCCCAGGCCAUCCCCCCAACAUGCUCAUCUCCCAUCCACGUACGGUGGGCACCCCUCACACGGUAGCAAAUAAGCUGCACGUCAGACCUCAACCUGGCCUCCUCGUCACUGCAGCCUGGCCUCAAGUCACCUCCUCAUGACACUCCUGCCCUCCCGGCUCCAGUGCAAACAGGUGUAACCUGCCAUCUCUUAGGAAGAAGGGAGGGGAGAGGCCUCCUGGCACAGAAUCAAAUCCGAGAAGACCCACGAAGACCACGAAGGCUUUGGAGGUCUCUGCCUCCCCCGUGGGAGUGGAACAAAGACCUGCCCUCGUCCUGCACCCAGUGGCUCCCCCUCUGGCCCACGUGUGUUUGGCAGGGUUUUGGCCUCCUUGAGGCCUGGACUGAGGCAGGGGCAGGGUGGGCUGUUUGCUGAAGGUGAAAGGAAUGGUCCUCUUCCCCCACAGAGAGGCAGGAGGCCCAGCCUGAGCAUUCACAGACGUGACCACCUCGAGCCGAGCCUCAGGCCAGCAGAGCAGGGAGACCGCGGAUAUAAAGGAGGGGACUCCCCGGAGGCAAGGAACCCAGCCAGAGAAAAUCAGAAAUCCAGUUCUCUGAACAAAGCCUCUCAUAUCUGACUGUGUACGGACUGCCCCAUAAUCAGCCAAUGGGCUCCAGCUACAACCACCUUCCUUUGCCCCAACCCACUUUCUAGCUUGUAAAAUUUAACUCCUUUGUUCUCAGCCGCAGCCCCCCAAACCUAUAUAACCCCAUUCGCUUUCAUAACUUGGGACAUCAAUUCGAGUUUUUCUUCUGCUUCCGUGGCAAUCAGUUUGCAAUAAAGAUUCUUUCUGUUCUCAAAACCAGGGGAAGCCUAUAGUAAUAGGCUACAUCAGGCAGUGAGCUAAUUACUGGAUAAGAGUCCAGCCAAGGAAAUCAGAGUCCAUGGAUAGCAACAAGGGACAACAGCCUCUGCUGAGACCGCAGACUGUUGACAGAGUGCGACAGAGUAGAUGCAGUUGAGCUCAAUUCUGCCACCUUGAGCUUUUCUAGAAACUUCCAUCAUUUCCCUAGGGAACUCAGGUUGCACCUGCAGCGCCACGCAGUGUCAGCUCCACAGCA